AUUCAAAUGAUAAAACAUUAACAUCAACAUGAGAAUCAUCGUCGUCUUGGCCGCUUUAGUGAUAACAGGGGUGUUCGGACAAAUAUGUGAAGAGAAAUGUGAGGCGACUUGUGAGCAGAAAUGCGCGAAGAAAUGCCAAGGAAAAGUGAAACCAUCUAAAUGUGGAGGGAAAUGCAAAUUCUCCAUUGAAUGCAAACAUGAAUGUUGGUGUAACCAGGGAAUGUGUGAACCUAUGACAGAAGUAGGAGAACCCUGCAGGAAGAAUGAUGAAUGUAAAGGUCUUUCCAAAUGUGUGCCCUUAGGCAACGGGAUAUGUGAGGAGACAUGCAGAGUUGACAAUGACUGCUUGCAGUACAAGAAUGGCAAAAACAAGUACUGUACUGUUGGAGGCACUGCGGGAACACAGAAAGGCAAAUGUGAGAUGAAACACGAGAAAGGAUAUCGCUGUGCAAGAAGCCCAGAAUGCAAAGGGAAAAUGUACUGCAGGAAUGGACAAUGCCAACUUGCUGAAGAGGUUGUCAUCUGUAGUCUGAACUGCCACGGACAAGACCCCAGGAAACCGGAUAACAUCAGACCAGGACAUAUUGUGAACGUCACCUACUCUUGUACAUUUAUCAGAAGGGCGGAGAUGGGGCACCUGAACCUGACGGCCACAGUGAAAUUAGAUAGAACGAAGAACCUUGGCAAAGUAGAGGGGUUAUCACCACAAUAUUUCAGUGGAUUUGUCACCAAGAAAGCCAGGAAAGGAGAAUUCACUGCAAGUUUGGAUGCUGUAAUGAAAACAUGUGUGAGCAACAAGGACAGCUGCGCGGCUAACAGAAAAUGUAUAUUAAAUGCUGGACAAUAA